AUGACAUUUAAAGAUACACCCGAAGCUAGGAAAAUGAGCAUCAUGUAUUCUCUUGCAAAUGGAUAUGACUUGCAACAACUAAAAAGUGACCCAACAAGGCUUAAGUACAUUUGUGUUGGUGACUACCCCUUUGUUUGUCAUAUAUCUAAAGGUUCUUCAGAGGGUGGGGUUAAAUUCAAGACUUUAAAGCCAAAGCACACAUGCGAAGAUGCAAAUACAGUAGCUUCUUACUUAAAAAAAAUGCUUGGAAGAUAUCCCAAAAUUAAGGUUAAAGAGAUGAGGGAAAGCUUGAAAGCUGCAUUUAAAGUAAAUAUUAGUGAAUCUAAGUGCAAUAGGGCAAAGAAAUUAAUUUUGGAGAAACUUAAAGGUAGUGUUUUAGAUAAGUAUAAUAAGCUAGUUGCUUAUGCCAAUGAACUGACACUUAACAAUCCUGGGAGUGAUGUAAUAAUUAACUUAUCAAAAUAUGCUUUUGAAAAAGGCAAAAGAAGGUUUUUAAGGAUGUAUAUUUGUUUUCAAGCAAUGAAGUCUGGGUCUAAGAGCGGUUUGAGACCUUUCAUUGGAUUUGAUGAAAUAUUUUUGAAAGGGAAAUCUAAAGGUCAGCUCUUGGUAGCUGUUGGUCAAGAUUCUGCCAAUCAUUUUUAUUCAUUUGCUUGGGCUAUUGUUGAUAAAGAAACAAAACUUACCUGGAAGGUGUUCUUAGGUCAACUGCAGAAUUCAUUGGACCUCAAAAUGGGUGAAGGGAUCAUAUUUAUAUAA